AUGUGGGUAAAAAAUGCCACACCUAAAAUGGCUGGUGAUAUGAGCAUUUUGCCAUAUCUAGUACUGCCUGGACCAGUUGAAAUAGAUGAAGCUAAAAUAGGCAGACAAAGAUGGCAUUUUAGAGGUGAGUUUCCAAAAAAGAUCAAGUGGGCAUUCGGCAUGUUUUUAUCGAUUUUGAAAAGACAUCUCAGAGCAGGAACAGUAAUGCAUUCAGAUCAUCAUUCAUCGUAUGUGGUACUGAGAUCAGCCAAAUCAUUGUUAGCUAAAUACGGUUUCUAUCAUUAUUGGGUUAAUCAUUCGAAUCUCUAUGUGCAUGAGAAGUUCUCAUUUGUAAUGACUGGUAAUAUAGAAAGAGUGUGGAGUUAGCUUAGGCAUAUGAUGAUGCCUCUUAAGUUUUAAAGAAAUUCUAAGAGAAUUGAAGAAUAUCUUUGCACCUAUAUGCUUUAAUAAAUGGUUAAAAAUAAGUAAAGAGAAUCUUGGACAUUAAAAAUGCUAAGAGAUUUCUACUUUCAUCAGUAUUACAUAUUUCUAAAGCAUAGAAAUGCAGAGGAAGAUCGAGUUCCCGGUCUUAGGUCGAUUGAGGACGUUAAUACUAAGAUAGAAGAAGUCGGCAUGUUUUUUAGAGACUAUGAAUAGGAGUAUCAUGCUAGAAACCUAGCAGGUUAUACGUUAUUUAAGAAUGAAGACCUUGAAGAUGUAGUUAAACCUUUGUCAACCCAGGACAUCGAUCCUUCUAUCUAGAAUCUCAAAUAUGAUCCACAUAAGCAUAUCUUUCUUUCAAAUAAAUCAAGAGAUGAUAUUGUAAUGCACUUAGACCCUCGAGAAGAUAAGAAACUGAGGCUGCAGUAUAUAAAAUUUUACGAAGAGGACCAGGGAGUAGGCUGGUAUAAAAAACCUCAUCAUCAAGAUAUAAGAGAAAUUAAAAAUAGUAAUAUUGGCGGAAUAAAUAGCAAAUUGAAUGAUAAUAGAAAUGAUUUACUUAAUAGCAGAUAAAACAGUAAAGGUGCAAGUAGUACAAUUGUUGAUUUAACAUAGGAUGAUAAUCCUGAUGAUUAGGAUAAAUAAAAAACGAAGAUCGGUCCUAAUGCGUCCAGGUUUCCCAAUCCAAUAAAUGAAGAAGAGGAGUUGGGAGGUGAAUAUACAGGCAUAGAUAUAUCCUCCUUGAGCAGAGAUAAUGGUAUCAGGUGUUAUUACAGAGUUUUGCACCAAGGCUAUCUGGAUGGAGGAAUUACUCUAGCAUAGAGUGCUCUUGAAAAGGAAAAUGAAUUAAACAAUGCAAAAUUAUCUGAUGACGAACUUAUGAAUCAAUUUUCUGAUUGA